AGACCUUGAGUUCAGACUUUAAAGCCCCGACCCCCGAAACUUCACUCGUUCGUUUCAUUCCACGCAGCUCCCCGUCUGAGAUUCCAUCCAUGGAGCGAAGAGGUGGAGAUCACAAUGAGAACGGUAGCUACAUCUUCUCCGAUCUGUCGGACCGCGACCUGUCGGACGGGAAGGCCGACAAGAAGCGAUUGGAAGACGAUGAGAAGGAGUCGAUUGAGCGGAUCUUCGACAGCCAAGAAAUUCCCCCAUGGCAGAACCAGCUCACGUUGAGAGCGUUCGCCGUAAGCUUCCUUUUGGCGAUUCUGUUCAGCUUCAUAGUGAUGAAGCUCAAUCUGACGACUGGGAUUAUACCUUCUCUGAAUGUCUCCGCGGGUUUGCUUGGUUUCUUCUUUGUUAAGACGUGGACGAAAUUUCUUGAAAAAUCUGGAAUGCUGAAGCAGCCCUUCACCAGACAGGAGAACACCGUCAUCCAGACUUGCGUUGUCGCCUCCUCCGGCAUCGCCUUCAGCGGAGGAUUUGGGAGUUACCUUUUUGGAAUGAGCUCUGCUGAGGCGAAACAAUCAGCAGAAACUGGUGCUGCACAAAAUAUUAAAGACCCAGCACUAGGGUGGAUGAUUGGAUUUCUAUUUAUUGUUAGUUUUCUUGGUCUCUUCUCAGUGGUUCCCCUCCGGAAGAUCAUGAUCAUUGACUUCAAAUUGACUUACCCAAGUGGCACUGCGACUGCACACCUUAUCAAUAGCUUCCACACUCCCCAAGGAGCCAAUUUAGCAAGGAAACAAGUCAGAGCAUUGGGAAAGUUCUUCUCCUUCAGUUUCCUAUGGGGUUUCUUCCAAUGGUUCUUCACUGCAGGGGAUGAUUGUGGCUUUUCAAACUUCCCUUCACUUGGCCUCAAAGCCUACCAGAACAAGUUUUACUUUGAUUUCUCUGCUACUUAUGUGGGAGUUGGAAUGAUCUGUCCAUACAUCAUAAACAUAUCUUUGUUAAUUGGAGGGAUUCUCUCAUGGGGUGUCAUGUGGCCUCUCAUAGAUGCUAAAAAAGGUGAUUGGUAUUCUGCAGACCUCUCUAAGAGCAGCCUCCAUGGCCUUCAAGGUUACAAGGUAUUCAUUGCUAUUGCCAUGAUCUUAGGUGAUGGCCUUUACAACUUCUUAAAGGUCCUAAGUAGAACUCUUAUUGGCUUGUUUCACCAACUUCGUAACAAAGAGGCCGGGAUUGUUCUCCCAAUAGCUGGCCGACCCUCUCCUCCAAGCCCAACUAUUUCUUAUGAUGACCAAAGGCGAAUCCAACUAUUCCUCAAGGACCAAAUUCCUACAUGGUUUGCAAUAGUAGGUUAUGUUGUUAUUGCUAUAGUCUCCAUUGUAGCCCUUCCUCACAUUUUUCCCCAGUUGAAGUGGUACUAUAUCGUGGUCAUCUAUGCAUUGGCACCUACAUUAGCCUUUUGUAAUGCAUAUGGGUGUGGGCUCACUGAUUGGUCCCUAGCCYCAACCUAUGGGAAGCUUGCCAUCUUCAUUAUUGGGGCAUGGGCUGGGGCAGGACAUGGUGGGGUUAUUGCUGGACUUGCAGCCUGUGGUGUAAUGAUGAACAUUGUUUCCACAGCC